AUGAUGGCUAGACGUGAAGAUUUAGCAUUUAGACAGGAAAUGAGAUUUCGAAAUAAACUAGUAGAUUAUCUCUGUGAUUGGAUUAUGGGGAGUAGUUAUCAUUUGAAUCUUUCAGUGCAGACAAACUAUUCAACUGGUAAUUCAUCUGGUGGUAGUAGUAAUAUAACAAUGACAACCGCCUCAUCGGCUACAGCAAGUAAUCUGUCUAACCUAACUAACCCGGGUACAAUUACUUCAACUACCAGUUGUCUUACAUCAGAUUUAGGUGAAAGCAUUCCUCUAUCGAAUAUACCAUUGUUAAAUUCACCAAUGAUAAAUCAGUCUGGUUCAAGUCUACCAAUGAAUCAAAGUCAGAGCAGUCUUAGUGCUAUGAUGGUGGGUGGUUAUACGCCACUAAUAACGCCGCAUCCGAAUAUGAUGUCCAACACCGGGAUUUAUGGAGUUAUCACAAAUUCUAGUAGUAGUUAUCAAGGCAAUCCACCUAAUUCAUUCAGUGCUCCUCAUGCUAGCUCAUUUACGCCGGUGAAUUGUGGAUUGCCAAAUACUGUAUCAGCAGUCAACGCUUCAAACAGAUUCGAUUUCCCGUAUCCAAAUUCUUCAUGGGAUAGUUCUACACCGAAUUUAGGCGUUGGUAUCGGAUUGAUUGCACAUGGUCAAUUCGCCAACAGUCCAUUCUCACCUUAUUAUAAUGCUACAGAAUUGACUCAUUUGAUGAAUAAUAUCCCACAAGGGAAUGUUUUGGUGAAUAAUCGGUCAGUGACUGAUGGAUUAAAUAUUAUGGGACAGAAUCAUCCAUCAAGCCUAGUAGGUAACAAAUCCCCUGGCAAUUAUGCCUCAUGUGCGAAUUCUUCCUGUACACCAUCGAAUAUCCUACCAUUCAAUUCAGCUGGAGUUCAAAGUAAUAUAUCGAAGAAUGCUAGUAGUACACAGUCACCGAGUGGAACAUACUCCACACCAUCUUAUACGAGCAGUUUUACUUCAGGAGUGGGCAGUGGAACCUGUGGUGCGUAUCCAUACACAAAUACCAGUUCAAAUUAUACCUCAACAAUUGCCAGUUCAGGAGUUUCAGCUAUAAACACUGGAACAUGUUUCACUAAUAUGCCAAGUGUAUCUACAACAGCUGGUAUAGUAGCACAAACUGCUGCUCAAACAAGAGAGUUGGAUUUAGCCUGUAUGGAGGCUGUAGCUGCACUGUUACAUGGUAUGCCACUACAACCAGAAGAAAUUGAUCGUGCUGAUUUGAUGGAUGCUAAAUCUCAUUUGUUUGCAAAGUAUUUCUCACUUUUCAUGAAUUUGCUAAACGAUGUAGCCGAUGAUAGAGAGAAAGGUGCAGAGGUUCGACAGAAUCAUACAGCUCUACGCAAUGUAACAGUUCAAGCUAUGUCAAAUCUUUUAAAUGCUAAUAUUGAAUCUGGUUUAGUACACGCCAUAGGCUUUUCCGCACAUCUUCAAAAAAUCGGAGGAAUGACCUUCUUUUGUGCUAUCUCAAUGUAA